UUGGAGAAAGUUAGAGGUUUCAUACAGUCAGGAUUAAAGGUUACUUCAGCUGAACCGUUUAAUUAUGAACAAGUAAUUUCAGGACAACAUUUAGAGGUGAUUGCUCGCCUAUCUGGUUGCGUCGCACAUAGGGAGGAGAAAGACUGUUCAGAUAUGUGCUUCCAUAUGAAAUAUCGAAGUGUAGAUGGCAGCUGUAACAAUUUUGCUCAUCCUACUUGGGGCGCCUCUUUAAGCGCCUUUCGCAGAAUACUUUUUCCCAUAUACGAAAAUGGAUUUAGUCAACCACUUGGCUGGAAUAAAAACAUCAAAUAUAACGGGUAUACUUUGCCGAGUGCACGGCUCGUAUCGACUACUAUAAUUUCCACUAAAGAAAUAUCAGAAGACAUCGAAAUCAUUCAAAUGGUUAUGCAGGCCGUGUAUUUAUUAUUCUUCCUCGUGACAAAAAUUGCUAGACUGAAUGAAAAUGUCCGAUUUGAUUGUGUUGCUAAAGGAAAUCCUGCACCUCACAGAGUAUGGUACUUCAACCGGGCAAGAAUUUUGCUAACUGACCGCAUAGCGAUGCUUUACAACGGUUUAAUUGUAAUUGAAAAAAUACAACAUAUGGAUGCUGGAAAAUAUACUUGCCAUGUUGAAAAUCUAAACCGAAAAAUUACAGCUGAAGCGGUUCUUGAAGUCACAGGUAGAUAA